AUGUCGCGACGGGGCGGUGCAGUCACACCCGCGGAGUCGUGGCAGGAGGGCGCGUCGUUCGGCACCCCUCCCACGAACACGCCGUCGUACGUCGCGCGGUCCGAGCCCAGCCGCGCGAGUCGCCUCACCGGGCGGAAUCUCGACGGGGACUUUGCGUCGCAGGCGAACUCCCACUCGUCCGGGCCGGGGUCGAAGAAGACCCAGAGCGUCACGUCGUCCAAGCGCAACGUCCCCAAGAAGAAGGUGGCGUGGGAGGAUGACUCGAGCGACGAGUCCCCGGACGAGUGGGAGUUCGCCGAGCGCGGGCCGCUCGCGAAGCUACGACUCAAGAAUCAGGGCGAGACGGCGAAGGAGCGCGCGGCGCUGGGCUUCUACGUCGACGAAGCCGAGUACGGCGACGAGUACGACUUCAGCGACGUCGCCAUGUGGAAGAAGCCCAUCGGCAACGACCCGGACUUCAUCGGCCCGGAAUCGUACCCGCGGCGCAUGCGCGAUUCGCACGGGUACUACAUCUGGUUCGUCAUGUUCUUCGCCUCCAUGGUCGUCGGCUGGAACGGCAUAGGCAACGGGAAACCCGAGCACCUGUGGCACCUCCGCGACCACGCCGGUAACCUGUGCGGCCUCGGGGAGAUGAAGCAGCAGCCGCACCUGUGGCACCCGUUCGCGCACGACGACCCGUCGUCGACGGAGAUGCACCCGGGGGUUGGCGUGUGCGUCGACAAGUGCCCGCACGCGGGGGACUGGGUGUGCGUCAAGGACUCGGCGCAGGACGAGGGUAAAAAGAGGGGGAGCGGUCGGAGGUUGCUAGGGUUAUUUGCGGCAGUCGAGGGUUCGUGGGUUCAUGGGUCGAUGAUCGAUAAAGGGAGGACGACGGCCAUCUAUGGGCAUAAGUCGCCGAGGCGCGCGCUUCGGUCGGUUCAUCAGUCGGCGCGGGAGGAAGUCACCGGCGAGUCACCGACUCUAACCACGAAUCGGAUGUUGCUUCCAACGCGCAUCACACGCGGCCGCGCGCUCCUGUCGAACGCCACCAAGGCCAAGCCCAACGCCACCGCGUGCGAGAACGGCGCGUGGACCGCGGUGUACCUCGACUACGCCCCCACGUUCAACGCGUGCGUCCCGGCUGUGGACCAGAGCAACUCGACGCACUCGCCGGCGGCGAAGGACCGGGCGAUCAAAGAGGCGCACGCCGUCGUCGACACCCCCGAGCGCACUUUCAGCAACUUACUCUCGGACGUGUACAUCGCGCGGUGGUGCAUCCUCGUCGCCGUCGUCAUCACCACGCUCAUCUCGUACGGGAUGCUGAUGGCGCUUGAGAACGGAGCGGCGGCGUUUACGGCGCUCGCGUUUACGUCGGCGAUUAUCCUACAGCUGGUCAUCGCGGCGGCGCUCGGGGCGCAGGCGAUCGGGCAGGACGCCCCCGUCGUGGGCACCGCGGUGAUCACCAACGUGGACACGAGGAUGGGACCCGCGUCCGUCAUCACGACGUGGAUCCUGCCCGUCAUCGGCGCGUGUUUCGCGGCUUCGGCGGCGGGCAUGAUUUGGUACUACGUCACCAGCAAAAAGUCGCUCGCGUUGGCGACGCUGUUCCUGGACCAGAGCUCCGUCGUGCUCCAGCUGACGGGUUUGAACUUCAGCAUCCCGCUGCUGACGUUCGUGCCCCUGUGUGGGGUCACCGCGUGGCUCGCGUCCGGGGUGCUGUCGCUGUCCGCCAUGGCCAGCGAGUGGCACCACAGCGGCGACCCGGACGCGGAGGGUUGGCACUGGGUCUACCGCGGCGCCACGGUGUUCCACGCGUGGUUCUGCCUCUGGUGUCUCUCCUUCUUCGUGUUCUUCGUCCGGUUCAUCGUGUCGUCGCACGUCAACACGUGGUACUGGGCGAGGGAGCCGAGGGAGGAGGCGUUGCUCGACACGUCCCUCUCGUGGGCCGUCGGUCGGUGCCUCUCGUACCACGCGGGCUCGCUCGCGCUCCUCGGCGUGUACACAGCCGCGUACGCCCCGCUUCGCGCGUACGUCCGUUUAAAAAACUGGAUCAUGAGGCGUAAACCGAGCCCGGACAGCAACGCGCUGAUGUUCCGCGGCGGUGCGGUGUGCCAAAUCGCGCUUCACGGCACGUCGCUUCGCCGGGGCGCGUCGUGGCAGCUUCACCUGAAGAUGCGCAACGACGAGGUGGUGCGGCAGUGCCUCGGGGCGGCGGGCAGCGCGCUUCUCGCGGGGUUGAUCACCGCCGCGAGCAUCUCCGCGGUGAUCACCACGUGUCUCACGCACGUCAUGCCGGACGCGGACGAGGUCAACGUCGGGCUCGUGCCGGCGGCGGUGUCGGCGGCGAUGUCCGCAGCCAUAUACGUCACGUUUUUCACCUCCUACGCCGAGGCCAUCGAGACUAUCCUGCAGUGCUUCUGCGAGGACAUGGAGCGCAACGACGGGACGCCGCUGAGGCAGUACUACAUGCCGGAGUCGCUGAAGAAGCUCAUCUUCGAGGAGGUCAAGGGGCAGGUCAUGCCGAGCGAGACGGACGCCGACGACAAGUUCGAGCUGGAGAUGAAGGAGGCUCGAAAGACGCGGCGCGAGGCGAAGCGGGAGCGAAGGAGGGUGCGGGAGUCGCAGGCUGGGAGCCAAUCCGGGGGCGGGGCGAGCUCGAUGAGCGGGUCGUACACGUAGCGGCGAGGCGUCGGCGCGGUAAAGUACAGGGUUUCGCUUAAUCAUCACAAAACUAGUUUCGCUCA